GCCAAUGUGUAGUUGAAAACAAAGCUGAGACUGCACUGGACCCACGGGAACCCAGAGUGACUGCUUCACAAGCCACGCCUUCAGGUGGGAGCUGGAACCCUUUAUUCUGGGCCUAGUCUUCUGAGCCAGCUUGCCAAGAGUUACAGGAGCUAGGCCACGGGGAGUUCAAGAUGGAUCAGGAGAGCUUUGCUUAGGGCAGAACCAAUUCAGGCUGGAGUGGAGACAGUGAAAGGGCAUACCAGGUGCAAGUAGUGUAGGAAUGGGCCUGCUCCUAGGAAACAUUUGGGGUCUAGGGCAGACAGGAAGGAAGGGAGUAGAGAUCAUGAACCCUAGUGGUUGGUAGAGUCUAAGUGGUCCUUCCUCCCGGUAGGCUGACAGAGACUCCUAAUGUCCAGCACCUACCAGCUCAGCACCCAGGACCACACAACUGGCCUUUAUUCUCAAGAAGCCUGUUCCCUAGUUCCCCUACUGGGAUUCCUGUUGUGGCAUGCAAUGGGGUCCUUUGUGCUGGGACCACCAUCUCAUUCUCGGAAAUGCCUUAGGCAGCGGCAGACAGAGGGGAGGAGAAAGGACUUAUGGGCGGGACAAGUGAUGUCAGGGAAAGGCGCCUUUUAUAAGCCCCAGCUUUCCAGUGGGCACAGCUGGACCAGGAGAAUCAAGAGGCAUCCUUGGAGCAGGUUAGUGACUCAUCUAUGGCCCCUGGACUGGGUAGGUGAAGGGGCCACCAAGAGUCCACUCAGGCUAUACUGGAGGCUGACUUUGAACUUUCAGAAAGAUUGGAAUGAGGUCUCAUAAGUGGAGAGACCAAAUGCAGCCCAAACACCUGAGCAGAUUUUUGGAAUCCUGUGAGGGUCUCAGAUGACGCUCAGAACUGAGGGUAUACAAAAGGGUUGUGUCCAGCAGAGGGAGGCUUCUUCAACUGUGAUAUGAGAUAGGAGUGGCUUCAGAAUGAGUUCAGAAGGUUAGGGUCAUCUAAAUGUGGCACCUGUAGACAGAUAGGACAGUGAUCCAUACUGAAGCCUUAGUUUGAAUUCCUUGGCUAGAUGCAUAUAUCCACUCUAGGGUGGUCUUUCUCAACUUUCCUGAUGCUGACCCUUUAAUACAGUUCCCCAACCUUAAAUUAUUUUCAUUGCUACUUUGUAACUAAUUUUGUUACUGUUCUGAAUCAUAACAUUUUUUUCCGAUGGUCUUAGGCCAUCCCUGUGAAAAGGCCUUUUGAACACUUAGGGGUCACAACCCACAGUUGAGAACCACUGCUCUAGACAGUAUCAGCCUGCAGCCUUCCUGCAGGUCUGGGUCCCUGCUCAGGGAGAGCUGGAUUCCUUGCAGAGAGUACCCUUGAAUAUGCAGGGAAGUUUUUCAGGUCCUUUGUUCAGUGGGGAGGAGAAUCUGGAUUCCCCAGGACUCCCGUCACCUCAUGCUCACAAAAUCCAGACUGGGUCAUGCUUGUGUCUCCUCCAAAGUGCCACCCCUGGGCAGUGGACUCUUGGCCUCUCUACCCCAUUGGCCUCUCUUUCAAACAUUGUCUCCCAACUUCUGAGAGCUCUCAAGUUUCCCAAUACUUUUCAUUCCUACCCUUGAAUUGCCUGCCUGCUUCUGCUCUGGUCAGAAUUUGGUCUUGAGUGUGUCCUUUGCUUGAGGGCAAGCCACCCAAGAUGAGGACCUUGAUGGUAGGGUCCUAUCCAAGCCAAUCCCAGACUCUGUGGGGCUGCUGGGGCCUCAAGGUCUUGUGACUGCUGGUGACCCCCCCCCCCCACUGUAUGUAUCUGUUGUGGAUGUGGACACCAAGGGGCAUGGGCAGGCGUGCUGGACCCAAUGGACCCUACUCAGGGAGAACUGGUUCCCUGCAGAGAGUGCUUUGGAGUACAGAGGAGGUUGUGCAGCGAAGGGUCCUUUGUUCAGUGGGACGCCUUCAGUGCUAGUCUUCGAUCCUCAGUGUCUGUCACCAUCCCCAUUAUGACAAGUCGUACCACACAUGUCUAUGGAGACAUCCUCCUGCUCCAUGGGAAUGCGUGGAGAAACUGGCUUCCUGGUCGGGGGUGGGGCAGAUAGCUGAAUUAGUGAUGAAGGGCUGUGGCCUCUCCUGCAGGCUGCUCGUCAUGAGCCUCCGAGGCUCCCACCUCCACUCCUGCCUCUGGAUGUUGUUGGGUGCCACCUUGGCAUUGGGGCUGGGACAAGUAAGUGGCCGUCUGAGGCUGGCAGUACUGCCUGAGGACCAGCUGCAGAUGAAGUGGAGGGAAGCAGAGGGGAGUGGCCUUGGCUACUUGGUGCAGGUGACACCUAUGGCAGGGGACUUGGAGCAGGAGCUGAUAUUAACCACCAAGAUGCCCAAGGCCACCGUGGGUGGCCUGAGCCCUUCCAAGGGCUACAUCUUGCAGAUCUUCGAGCUCACUGACUCUGGGCCUGUCCUGCUGGCACGAAGGGAGUUUGUGAUUGAGGAUCUGAAGAGCCACUCUCAGAGCAGAGGCAGCCCGAGGCUGGUAGGACCCACCCUGGAUCCUACCUCCUUCCCUCUGGAAGUCUCAGACCCUGAGAAAACACCUGAGCCCAGUAUCGCCUUUACCUCAAGCAGAGACUGGCCCAUUCUUGCUGACCCCCAGUUCCACUGUACGCCCCUAACUCCUACCGAUAUAAUCUUCCUGGUGGACGGAUCCUGGAGCAUCGGCCACAGUCACUUCCAGCAGGUCAAAGACUUCCUGGCCAGCAUCAUCACGCCUUUUGAAAUAGGACCAGAUAAGGUCCAAGUAGGUCUGACUCAGUACAGUGGGGAUCCCCAGACGGAGUGGGACCUGAACUCCUUCCACACCAAGGAGCAGGUGCUGGCAGCAGUGCACAGCCUUCAUUACAGGGGAGGAAACACAUUCACAGGCCUCGCCCUGACCCAUGUACUGGGGCAGAACCUGAAGCCAGCAGCAGGUGCCCGUCCAGAGGCAGCCAAGGUGUUGAUUCUGGUGACGGAUGGCAAAUCCCAGGAUGAUGUGCGCACAGCUGCCCGGAUUCUUAAGGAUCAGGACAUUGAUGUCUUUGUUGUGGGUGUGAAGAACGCCGAUGAGGCUGAACUGAAGCUCCUGGCCUCCCAGCCACUGGACAUCACUGUCCACAAUGUGCUGGACUUCCCUCAGCUGGCCACCUUAGCUGCUCUGCUCAGCCGCCUCGUUUGCCAAAAAAUUCAGGGCAGGGGCUCAGACAAACCAGCUGCAGCUACUCUGGCCCUGGAUCCCCUCCCCAUGCCCACCAGACUUGUCCUCACCCACGUCACCUCAUCCAGUGUCCACCUGUCUUGGACUCCGGCCUCAUACCCACCCCUUAAGUAUCUAAUUGUGUGGCAGCCUUCUAGGGGUGGUGCCCCCAAGGAGGUGGUGGUGGAGGGGCCUGUCUCAUCCACGGAGCUUCGAAACCUGACCUCCAACACAGAAUACCUGGUAUCUGUGUUUCCCGUCUAUGAGAGUGGUUUUGGCAAGAGCCUGCAAGGCUGGGCAACCACAGCACCCCUGCCUCCACCUGGGGCACUGACCCUGGCUUCAGCAACACCCAGAACCCUCCACCUCACUUGGCAGCCCUCUGAUGGGGCCACUCAAUACUUGGUGCGGUACUUGCCGACUUUCUACCCUGGGGAGAAGCAAAGGAGAGAGGUACACGUGGGACAGCCUGAGGUACUGCUGGAAGGCCUGGAGCCGGGCCAUGACUAUGAGGUUUCAGUGCAGAGCCUUCGGGGACCAGAGGCCAGUGAGGUCCGGAGCAUCAGUGCCAGGACUACUGCCCUGGGGCCCCCAAGACCCCUGAGUUUCUCAGAUGUGAACUACAACUCAGCCUGUGUGUCCUGGGAAGCCCAGAGGCCCGUGCGCCUGGUCAAGGUCAGCUAUGUCUCUAGUGAUGGCAGCCACUCUGGACAGACUCAGGUUCCUGGAAAUGCUACCUCAGCCACCCUGGGCCCCCUUUCUUCCUCUACCAAGUACACCAUCCGAGUCACCUGUUUUUACUUCGGGGGUGGCUCCUCCAUGCUGACCGGCCAUGUGACCACAAAGAAGGCUCCCAGCCCUAUUCAGCUGUCUGUGGUGGAGCUCCCAGGAGAUGCAGUCAAGCUGUCAUGGGUGGCUGCUGCCUUGUCUGGUGUACUUGUUUAUCAGAUCAAGUGGAUGCCCUUGGGAGAGGGGAAAGCCCAUGAGAUCUCUGUCCCAGGGACCCUUGACACAGCCACCUUACCUGGCCUGAUGAGUCAUGUGGAGUAUGAGAUCACCAUCCUUGCCUACUACAGGGACGGCACUCGCAGCGACCCUGUGUCCCUCCGCUACAUCCCCACUGCAGCAAGCAGGAACCCCCCAUCCAGCCUGGUCUUGUCCUCAGAGACCCCCAACAGCCUGCAGGUCAGCUGGACACCACCAAGUGGCCAUGUCCUACAUUACCGGCUCAACUAUGCACCGGCCUCAGGCUCUGGACCAGAGAAAUCCAUCUCUGUGCCAGGCACCAGGAGCCACGUUGUACUUCCUGACCUGCUGUCUGCCACCAAGUACAGGGUCCUGGUCUCAGCCGUCUAUGGAGCAGGAGAGAGUACGGCAGUGUCUGCCACCUACCGCACAGCAGCCUGCCCAGCCCUGAACUCGGACAGUUCCCUUUCAGGGUUUGACCUGAUGGUGGCCUUUGGUCUCGUGGCAAAGGAGUAUGCCUCUAUUCGAGGUGUGGCCAUGGAACCCUCAGCCCUGGGUGCAGCCCCCACCUUCACGCUCUUCAAGGAUGCUCAGCUGAUGCGGCGAGCCAGUGAUAUCUACCCAGCAGCUCUGCCACCAGAGCACACCAUUGUCUUCCUUGUGCGCCUGCUCCCCGAGACACCCCGAGAAGCCUUUGCCCUGUGGCAGAUGAUGGCCGAGGAUUUCCAGCCCCUCGUUGGGGUUCUGUUGGAUGCUGGCAGGAAGUCUCUGACUUACUUCAACCAUGAUCCCAGGGCAGCCUUGCAGGAGGUCACCUUUGACCUGCAGGAUGCAAAGAAGGUUUUCUUCGGAAGCUUCCACAAGGUCCAUGUGGCUGUGGGCCACUCUAAGGUCAGACUUUACGUGGACUGUCGGAAGGUGGCUGAGCGGCCUAUUGGGGAUCCUGGCAGCCCACCCACAGCUGGUUUCAUCGCACUAGGGAGGCUAGCCAAGGCCAGAGGGCCACGGAGCAGCUCGGCCACGUUCCAGCUCCAGAUGUUGCAAAUCGUGUGCAGUGACACCUGGGCAGAGAAGGACAAGUGCUGUGAGCUUCCUGCAUUGAGGGAUGGAGAGACAUGUCCAGCCUUCCCUUCUUCCUGUGCCUGCUCAUCUGAGACCCCUGGGCCACCAGGGCCCCAAGGCCCUCCUGGCCUCCCUGGAAGGAAUGGCACUCCAGGACAGCAGGGACACCCGGGGCCCAAGGGAGAGCCAGGACCACCUGGACAGACAGGACCUGAAGGCCCUGGAGGUCAGCAGGGGUCACCGGGGACCCAGGGCCGCACAGUCCAGGGACCCAUGGGUCCCCCAGGAGUCAAAGGAGAGAAGGGAGAUCAUGGACUCCCAGGCUUGCAGGGCCUCUCUGGCCAGCAAGGCAUCCCCGGAAAAGCUGGCCUACAGGGACCAAAGGGAAUGAGGGGACUGGAGGGACCUGCUGGCCUGCCUGGACCACCUGGCCCCAGGGGAUUCCAGGGCUCAGCAGGGGCCAGAGGCACCAAUGGGGAGCGAGGACCCCCAGGGGCAGUGGGGCCCACAGGCCUACCAGGGUCCAAAGGUGAACGAGGAGAGAAGGGAGAGCCACAGUCCCUGGCCACCAUCUUCCAGCUGGUGAGCCAGGCCUGCGAGUCAGCCAUACAGACACAUGUGAUGAAGCUGAAUUCCUUCCUCUAUGAGAACGCCCGGCCCCCAAUGCCCUUCAUGGUGGAGACAGCAAAGUCAGGCAGACCUGGGUCUGUAGAGUCUCCCGGAUCACAUAAGGAGGAUCUACUUCGUGGAGACGGGGGACAUGUCCACCAUCCUGAGUACCAAAGUGAGCCUGCAGCCAUCAGCCACACAGGCAGCGCUAGGCUGCAGGAAGAGAAGAUCCCAGAAUCCUUGGAGUGAGCAGGUGAAUUUUCGUCAUCCUGCUAGUCAUGGAGCAAGAAGGAGGAACAGCCCGAGUAGAGGAUACCUGGUUGGGCUGCACAGUGAGAGGGCGGGAGAUGGUGCUGGCUCCAUCUCAGAAGCACUGGCCGUGAGAGUGGGGUGGAGCUGCAUCUGUAAAACUGGUUGCCCUGCAAACUCUCACUGGGCCAGCGAGUGUGGAGGAGCAAUAGGGUAGAGCAGAGGUUUGAGCUGCAGGAGUGUGGGUGCUCAUGGACCUGGGAGGAGGGGUUACAGAGACUGGAACUCAGAAAGGCACUCCAGUGAGCACCCGGCCAGGUGAGUGCUCCUGAGGUCCGAGACAGUGCUUUGGGGGUUCUGAGUGUGGGUGAUACCAUUGAGACCAGGGGGCAGGGGGCAGCACCAGAUGGCCUCUUUCUUUCCUCUGGAUGUCCCAAGCAAACUUUCUGUGUGCAACCCUGCCUGAGGAGGUGUUUCUGGGCACACAUGUGGGAGAUAGAGUACAGUGAACACAGGUGGGCAUGAAUACAGAUAAACACAGGUGAGUUCUGUGAACACAAGUGCAGGUGAAGGCAGUGAGCGCAGGUGGCACAGAUGGAUCCACAUGCGUUCAGAUGAGUGUACCUUCUUGUCCUCAAGAAGGUGAUGGAGCUGGAGGCAUCUGGGAGCAGACUCAGCAGGCACAAGGAAUCGGGGUGCUGGGUGCAUGUCUGAUGGAAAGGGGUGGCAGUGGGGAGUGGGGAGCCACCAAAUGAACAAACUGGAGGAUUGGGUGUGUAUGACAGCCUUGCCCCUGCUCAGGAGACUGGAGACUGCUCUGUUUCCAUGUCACAACACAAGCCUGUGUGUAGGGACCUCAAGUUCUGUCUCUCUGGGGUAGCCUGCACUCACUGUGCCAGGAGGCCGGGUCACGGUCUCCUAGGCUACAGUCCAGCUGUGUCUGCUCUUCUCUCUUGGCAGGACCUCCCCUCUGCCACUUCAAAUCACCCUGUACUGCCCCAACACCAUCAUCCAUAUCUUUUGUCUCAACACUAAGAACGGCAGUGUCCUCAAGGGACAGAGAGGGAAA